AUGAUUUACAGGCCUUUAGAGCUUGUAAUUCAGUCUGCUGAGGGAUUGAAGUACAUAAAUCGUCUCCAAAAAAUGAAACCUUAUGCUGUAGUUUCCAUUCAAGACCACAACAAUAUCCUCCAUUCCCCUAAGAGAAAAACAUCUAUUGACUCUGAAGGUGGUUCAAACCCUACAUGGAACUCCAAAAUUAAGUUCACCAUCAACCUUGCUAUAGCUCAAGAGAACCAUCUUGAUUUGGUUGUUAAGCUCAAGUCAUAUCGAAAGACUCACAUAGAAGAUGAAAAACAUAUGACUAAAAACAUUGUGACCUCAGAUGGUGAGGCACAAGGAGCACUAGCAUUUUCUUAUAAGUUUGGGAGGACCGUGGAUCACCCACCUCUUAAUCCGAAUGUGAAGCAGAGGCCUAAAAGAGGUGCUAAUGGCUUCGUACGUUCAUUUGUUGAGGGAUUGGGGGAAGGGUUAGGCUCUGGGCUAAUGGGUUUUAAGCCUGAUGAUGAUAAUGAACAGCCUGAUGAAAAUUCUUGA